AUGGAACACGAUGGCUUUGGAUCCAGGUUGACUUCGACGCCGUAUGAAAAGACUUUUCGAGAUGCCUCGGGUCGUUCAACCUUCAGACCGUCCAAUCUUUACGAAUCAUUCGAUACUGGCUAUCACACCGGUGCGCCAUCCUGUUCCACCCAAUCUUUUCUCGAAUUCGGUAUCGCCGAUGAUGUUUCUAUGCUCCCUAAAAGACCAUCGCACUAUUCCGUCGGUGGCCGGCAUCCAGCCACAGUGAAUUAUUACAUCAAAUCGAAUGUCGCUUCAUUUUUCGAUUGGAUUGACGUCAUCCAUGCUGAACACUCGCUCUGUCCACCUCAUUUUGCUUAUACCACGGACGCGCCCCUUCCCACUUCCUUGUUGGUACAGACGCCGGAAGAGCUGCACAUCUGUCCAGUCUGUUCCGGUCCUGCCUAUCACCGUGCUUCGGAAUGGCCCAAUCGGCUUCAUUGUCAAUCGGUGACCUGUGGUCUUUCCGUAUGCUUCGUGUGCCAUCGUGAACAUUCGCCAAGCGAAACCUGUCCGAUUCGCGAACCCCGCCCCGUGCUCAGAAUGCCAUCCCCUGAAUCAGAACCUGUUCGUGGCCGUUUAAAGCGGAAGCUCAACAAACUGGCAUUGCGACGGUUGUGAAUGGAGACCAUCGGAUGCCUAUCUACAAUGUUUUCAACAUUAUUUGUAUGCUCACAUAUAUGGGAUCCCUAGUUGUUUUAUCUAUUUUUAUACUUAUUGUUGUUUAUAUUUUCCAUAGUUCUAUGUUCUCUUGUCAUUAUUCGACAUUUACAGUUAAAUUAUAG